AUGCCGACCAUCAAUAACAACCCUGAAAACUACGCCCUCUUUCGAGAUUGUCUGUCCACCACUCUUCUUCGGCCCGCCCCUUCGGCCCCUGACCCGCCCAAGCGCCGUCGGCGUGGUAAGAACACCGGGGUUCCGCUCGUUACCACCCCGGCCCCGGACACGGACACGGAGAAAGAUGCCGACGAACUUGCUGAAUUUGUCGAUUAUCUCGCUACUGAGAUAUUUGAUAACCUUCCAGAGGAGCUGCAAGAUCUCGAGUACCGGACAUGGCGAGAGGAUGAAGCGUUGCAGGAGCAGUACUCUCUCCCACUCACGAAAGACAGCCUUUUGCUGUUAAACCUGCCACCAUCUGUUAUCGAGACCCUCACAACUUACAACCUUAUCUCUGCCGAUCCCUAUGUUGAUUCACAUCUUCCGUCCUCCCCAGAGUCAUUCCUCCUUCCCAUUCUCACCUCGUACAUAACUCCUCUCAUCGAGCCACCUCCCGCUACACGUUCAACUCGUGCUGACGCGUGUGAGCUGUGUGCCCGAUCCUGGGUUCCUCUGUCCUACCAUCACCUCAUCCCACGGUUCGUCCAUGAAAAGGCCGUUAAGCGAGGAUGGCACCGUAAAGAAGAUCUGCAGAACGUGGCGUGGUUGUGUGGCGCCUGCCAUCGCUUUGUUCAUCACUUCAAAACGCACGAGGAGCUGGCACGGGACUACUACACUGUUGACCUGUUGCUGGAUGAGGAGGAGGUUCAAAGAUGGGCUCACUGGGUUGGUAGGUUGAGGUGGAAAGGGAGGUAG